GUCACCUAACAAUCUCUCUGCCACACACAAAAAAAAGCAUCCAUUUCCGUGUUUGCGUUCUUGAAUCUCUCUGCUACUCUUGCUUAGAUACUCAUUUACAGCCUCGAAAACCGUUCUGUUGCGGUUUGCAUCCUGUUCUGCUAUUCUUUCUCUGUCUCUCAUCAGUCUCAGGUCUUUUAAGUUUUAACCAUACACAACAGGCAGAUUCUCUUGUUUGCAAGUUCUCAAGGGUCUACUUCUGAAAAAUGUAAUUUUGGAGGUAUUGGCUCCUUGUGUUCUGUAGUUUGUUGAUUAUUCGUAUGCUUUUGUGAAUGUACUCCGGUCAGUUUACGCUCAUGGGUUCUCGCUAAUUUCUCUCUACUUGAUCUGCCGACAUUUGACGUUAAGGUCCUCAGGAGAUUUCCUGCAGUUUUCAAGUUUUCCCGCUUCGAUUAGUUAAUGCCCAUUUGCGUUAUAUUGUUCUAGACAGCUCUGAUAUCAGUUCACAGUUAUGAAUCCUCGUUAAUUCCUUUCUUCCUAAUCUGUAGCCAUUUGAAGUCCACUCUAAGAAACAACUCAGUUAGUUAUAACAUGUAAAAGUUUGACUAUGUAAUUGAUCACUCAGAUUAUGAUGCAUUUCUGUUCUUUCGAUGAUCAAGUCAAUGUGUAGGAACCUUUCUCAGAGGUAAUGGAUCUGAAGUCUGUCAAAGCUAUCCGCUAGUUGAGUUGCUCAACACAUGGAGGGUGCUUUUUUCUUCCGCUAAUUAUCACUUUUCUCAACUCAUGAUGGGCUCUGCUCGUUAAAAGUGGGAAAUUUUUGCAUAUACAGUCGGCAAUACAUCGUACAGUCCAUGUUAAAUUGACAAUAUCAACCAUGCUUUGAUUUUAGAUUCAUUCAUAUUCGUUUGUUCUUCAUUGCGAAAUACAGAACUCAUUCUUUUAUAUUUUUGAGAUGUAAUAUUCCACCAUUGUACAGAGUUUUUCAUGGCCCAAUUCAGGGGUCAGUAUACGCAGAGAAAGAAAUGGAUACAUACGUUUUCCUUUUCUUCCAAAAUUGUUUGAUGAUCAAGAGUUUACUGUUUAUCUGCUCAUAGAUUCUCAUACUAUCUUAGUAGAUGAAACCAUAGGUUCCAUACUGACCUCUCGAGUCUCUUAAAUCUACCUGUGUGUUUAGCAUAUUUCAGUGUUUGAUCUUUUCUCCCAACUAGUUAUUUGUCAAAAAAAAAAAAAAAAGGAAAAACGAGUAUAAUCCUACUUUGCACGUAAUAUCUACGGACCAAUCAUGGAAGAAACGUUCGUGCCCUUUCGUGGGAUCAAGAAUGAUCUCGAAGGAAGACUGUUAUGCUACAAACAAGAUUGGACUAGUGGUUUCCGUUCAGGUUACAGGAUCCUUGCUCCCACGACAUACAUAUUCUUUGCUUCAGCAAUUCCAGUUAUCUCUUUUGGAGAACAACUGGAGAGGAAUACAAAUGGAGUUUUAACUGCGGUGCAAACACUGGCAUCAACAUCACUAUGUGGCAUCAUACACUCUAUUAUUGGAGGACAGCCACUGCUCAUACUUGGAGUUGCCGAGCCGACUGUUCUGAUGUACACAUUCAUGUUCAACUUUGCAAAGGACAGGCCAGAUUUGGGGCAGAAGCUCUUUUUGGCUUGGACAGGAUGGGUUUGCGUUUGGACAGCAUUCCUGCUCUUCUUGCUGGCUAUUCUGGGAGCAUGCUCCAUUAUCAAUAGGUUUACCCGUCUUGCUGGUGAACUUUUUGGUAUGCUCAUAGCUAUGCUCUUUAUGCAGCAGGCUAUUCGGGGAGUUGUGGAGGAGUUUGGCAUACCAAAGAGAGAAAACCGUAAUCAGACUGCACUUUCACCAUCAUGGCGCUUUGGCAAUGGAAUGUUUGCAAUGGUUUUGUCCUUUGGCCUUCUUCUUACUUCGUUAAGGAGCCGCAAAGCAAGAUCAUGGCGCUAUGGAACAGGUUCGCUACGCGGAUUCAUUGCAGAUUAUGGGGUCCCACUUAUGGUGCUUGUUUGGACUGCUAUAUCUUAUAUACCAGUUAACAGUGUUCCAAAAGGGAUCCCACGGCGCCUUUUCAGCCCAAAUCCAUGGUCUCCUGGUGCUUAUUCAAAUUGGACAGUUAUUAAGGACAUGUUGAAUGUGCCAGUGCUUUAUAUCAUAGGAGCAUUUAUUCCAGCAACCAUGAUUGCCGUUCUCUAUUACUUCGAUCACAGUGUAGCAUCCCAACUUGCUCAACAAAAGGAGUUCAAUCUUAAGAAGCCGCCUUCAUACCAUUAUGACCUUCUUCUUUUGGGAUUCUUGGUCAUAGUAUGUGGCCUCAUUGGCAUUCCUCCUUCCAAUGGUGUUAUUCCGCAAUCCCCAAUGCACACAAAGAGCUUAGCUACCUUGAAACAUCAGCUGUUGCGCAAUAAACUUGUUUCGACUGCUCACAAAAGUAUCUGUAAAAAUUCAAGCUUGAGUCAGUUGUAUGGGAACAUGAAAGAAGCAUACAAUCAAAUGCAGACUCCAUUAGUCUAUCAAACUCCUCCUGGUCUGGGGCUAAAGGAAUUAAAAGAAUCCACAAUCCAACUAGCUUCAAGUACUGGAAACUUUGAUGCACCAGUUGAUGAAUCUAUAUUCGACGUAGAAAAAGAAAUAGAUGAUCUUUUACCCAUUGAGGUCAAAGAACAGCGGCUUAGCAAUUUGCUUCAGGCCAUGAUGGUUGGUGGCUGUUUUGCUGCUAUGCCUCUGCUGAAGAAGAUUCCAACUUCGGUGCUUUGGGGAUACUUUGCUUUCAUGGCUAUAGAAAGCUUACCAGGGAAUCAAUUUUGGGAGAGGAUAUUGUUGCUUUUCACUGCACCAAGUCGAAGAUAUAUGGUGUUGGAGAAGUAUCAUGCAACAUUCAUUGAGACUGUGCCCUUCAAGGCAAUUGCUAUCUUUACCUUAUUCCAGACGGUUUACUUGCUUCUGUGUUUUGGCAUAACAUGGAUUCCUAUUGCUGGAGUCCUUUUCCCACUGUUGAUUAUGCUUCUAGUCCCCGUGCGUCAGUAUGUGCUCCCUAAAUUCUUUAAAGGAGCCCAUCUCCAGGACUUAGAUGCUGCAGAAUACGGAGAAGCCCCAGCUGUAGCAUACAAUAUUUCAUUUGAUACCCAAGAUGAUUAUGCAAGAAGUGAUCACACGGAUGGUGGGGAAAUUUUGGAUGAUAUGAUCACACGAAGCCGUGGUGAGAUCCGCCAUAUCUACAGUCCAAAGGUAACAAGUUCAACCCCAACUUCACAAGAUGGCAUAGAGCCUGUACACAGCCCACGGGUGCCACAAAGGACAUAUAGCCCCCAUGAAAGUGAGCUAAGGGUGAAAAGAAGUCCACGAUUUAAUGGGACAGGGCCAGAAGCAAAACAAACUCCUAGUCCAGGGCCAUCAAUGCUUGGUCAACAUCAUCAUGGUUCAACAUCGAGUUAAAACCUAAACACUUAGUCCAGGUAAGUUGUCAGUUGUGCUCGAGAGGUCUCAUUUUUAGCUUAUGUAACUAAGGUUUAUCUUGUAAGUGUGGCAUAUUUUGUAUCUGUUUCUAACAUGUAACAAGAGCAUAGACAUUGUCCAUGGACACAAAUAUGUUACUAUUUCUUUAAUAUUUACUUUAAUUUGAAAAACAAUAUAUGAAGAGGUACUUGCUUUCA